GUUAUUACGUGUUGUAUGACGAGUCAAGCAAUCGCGGACAGUCGUGUGAUGUGGCGGCUCCUGAGUCCUGCCGCGCGGGAGUGGGAGCGCGCGGUGGGGCGCGGCGCGUGGGGCGCGUGGGGCGCAGCGCGGCGGCCGCGCGCGCUGCCUGCGCCAGUCUCGUCUCUGCUCGCUCGCAUGAUGGUCGCCCCCCGCCCGCUCACGUCGCUCGCGCUGCUGCUGCUGCUGGCGCUGGCCGCCGCCGCGCCACACCCGCGCAUGCGCCGCCAGCUCGCCGACGACGACGCGCUGCAGCCCAUCGAGAGUGGCACUACGUCGCGGCGCCGGGAGCUGGCGCCGACACCGGGCUCGCCGGGUACAGCGCACCCAUCGUGGUCGCGCCGCACCCGUCGCCAGAACGACGACAUCCCCGUUUUCGACCGGAACAAGGUCAGCCUGGACCUGCCGGGGAGCCUGUUUGGGCCCUCCGUGUCGCUGCUCAUCCGCACUACUAAGAUUAUCGGCGACGUGAUACAGAACUCCGCGGUGCGUUACCAGACCUUCCUACGACUCUUCCGGCCACUGUUCCGGGGGCCUUUCGAAAUCAAGGGCCUUGACCCGGCCACCACCACCACUACCACCACCAGCACGGCGGCCCCCGUGCCCGCGGACAACGAGGUGCGGCGGCGCUGAGGGCGCCCUGCAGUGUCUGCCUCCACCGACACUGCCCUAGUAGUCACUAGCACGCACUCUGCGUCGCUCCCGCGCCGGCGCCCCACUGCACCGGUAGCGCCGUGCGUGGCACCCGCCGAGGGACUUUAACUUGUUAACUAAACGUUAACUUUAAAGAUUUCAAAAGUACUUAAAUGUACAAUUGUGACUUCUUACACCGGGAGCUGUAAAUCCGUAUUUAUAAAAUAGUUUUCUUGUCAACUCUGACAAAGUUCAUAAGGUUGUUACGUCAUCACGAGUCACUCUCAAGUGUGGCUCGCCGCGGUGCACCGGGGACUGUAACAUUGCUCAACGUUUAGCUAAUUACAUUGUUGUA